GGCCACAAAUACCCGCUGGUCCGGCUGUCCAUGGUAUUGGAGCAGAUACGGAUCUCGCUGUUUCAGGGUUUAUAACAGCUAUAAAAGGAUGAUAGAUGCAGAGAAAGCAUGUAUGUCAGUUGGUGGGAACCUGGCCUCCAUCCAGAAUUAUGGAGAACUGUCAUUCAUCAGACGUCUGAUCUACAGAACACUGCGUUCAUACAGACCAGCUUGGAUCGGCCUCCAUGACGCUGUUCAGGAGCGACAGUUUAUGUGGACCGACGGGUCGAGGGUUCGUUACACCUGCUGGGAUCGUGGAGAGCCCAACAACCUUUACAGGAGAGAGCACUGCACCGAGGUCUACCGCAGCGGAAUUUACUGGAGAGACCGCCCAUGUUACUACUACAGGCCUUACAUCUGCGCCAGAGACCGCUGAUGGCACUGAUCUGCGAUGACAUCACUUCCUCUACAUUGACGUUCCUGCAGUUUGAAGUGUAGUUUAUGGAUAAUUUUAACACAUUCACUCCUACUGAAUAACUUCAAAUUAAUAAUCAGAAACAUCUCUUAGUUAUUCCUCUAAAAACAUGUUAAUCAUAGGAAAUUACUUUAUGAAAUGAAACUAAUGAAAUGUGAUUUAAAAGGGGAGAAUAACCUUGU